GCUGGAGCGUAACCAUAUAAAAGAGUCCCCUCCAAAAAAAUCUUCAUAACACAACUCGCUUUGACUUCACAUUUGAUAGACUGUUCUGAUCCAAGAUGACUGGUCGUGGAAAGGGAGGAAAGGGUUUGGGAAAGGGAGGCGCGAAGAGGCACAGGAAAGUGUUGCGUGAUAAUAUCCAAGGUAUCACCAAGCCCGCUAUCCGCAGGCUGGCAAGAAGAGGUGGCGUUAAAAGAAUCAGCGGCCUGAUCUACGAAGAAACACGUGGUGUACUGAAAGUAUUCCUGGAAAACGUUAUCCGCGAUGCUGUCACUUACACGGAGCACGCCAAGAGGAAAACCGUUACAGCUAUGGAUGUCGUGUACGCCUUGAAACGACAAGGCAGAACCCUGUACGGUUUUGGAGGUUAAAAUUGACGCAGAGAUUAACAUAUUACAAUCGGCCCUUUUCAGGGCCA